AUGGGUGAUCUAAAUGUUGUUCUAAGAAAGGAGGAGAAAAAAGGAGCAAGACCUUUUAACAGAGAAGAAGCUAAUAUAUUUAGCACAAUAAUAGUUGAUAUGAACCUACAUGAUUUGGGGUUUAAUGGCUAUCCUUUCACUUGGAGCAGUAAAAGAGAGGACAACUCUAGAGUAGAAGAAAGACUUGACAGAGCACUAAGCAAUGAGAAAUGGAAUGACCUCUUUCCAAAAUCUACAAUCCAUCAUCUCAUUACUAGGGGCUCAGAUCAUGGUCCCAUUAUUUUUAAAACCAAUCCUGAUUGGAAGGAUAGGGCUUAUACUUUUAAGUAUUUUGGAGGUUGGAUGGAACAUCCUGACUACAAAGGAGUUAUUAGGGACUCAUGGAAACAAAGCCAACAAGGUACCUGCAGAGGAGCAAAAGAAACACGUCUCCAGCAAAGCUCUUCAGAAACAAUGAGAAAGAAAGCAGCUACAAAUGCUUACAACUGGGAAGCGGAAUUAGGAAGCAGGAUGGAAUUUGAAACACACUCUGGCCAACUAAUAAAGCUAAUCAGAAGUCUGCAUGCUGAGAAGGUUGGAGAAAGAUUCACUAUAAACAAUGAUGGGAAGGAAGUCUUUGAAGUCGGCACAUGA